AUGUGCAUUGGUCCGAAGUGGAUUGGACCUUACUCUGUUGUGCGGAAGAUACACAACCGUGCUUACGAACUCAACAAUCAAGCUGGCAACAAGCUUCACCCAGUAUUCAAUACGGGUUCGCUGAAGCCGUACAACGAACCGACACGCUUGUCGCGGCCCAAGGAGGUUGUACUGGCUGAUGGAAGUAUCGGCCAGAUUGUCAAACGCUUGGUGAAGAAGAGGACACACAAGCGACGGACCCAAUUCCUUGUAAAGUGGGUGGGAGAAGAGAAGCAGACCUGGGAACCGGUUGAGAACUUGUCACAAGUCCCAGACCUCAUCGCAGAGUUUGAGACGGCAAGGCUCAAACUCUGCAAUGAGGUCUGGGACUAA